AUGGUGGGCUCAAGUGGCGCGGCAGUGCGCGAGGUUCGCGUAUCGGGAGACAUUUAUCGUAUGAUCCAAAGAGAUGUAAAUUUACUAUAUUCAGGGCUAGAGAUACUUCGUGCGCAGAUGCGCUUCCCAUCCUUCGCACCCGUGAACGUGCCCAUGGUAUUGGUGCUGGGCAAUCAUUCGUCGGGCAAAAGCACCUUCAUCAAUUACAUGUUGGGUCAAAACGUGCAAAAGACCGGACGUGCGCCAACAGACUGCAUCUUCACGAUAUUAGUAGGUGGUUCAAGAGACGAGCGGCUUGAUGGCGCGGCGCUUGUCAGACAUGCACACUUCGGUUUUGGAGAUGUGGAGCGUCUUUUCGGCCAUGAGUUCGUGUCCCAGGUGGAGCUUAAAGUAGUCGCUAGAAGCAAGCUAUUGGAUGAUAGUGGGCUUAUGAUAGUGGAUUCGCCAGGCAUGAUCGACCCGCCCGGCAAGCUCUUGGAUCGCACGGACAAGGAUCGGGGGUAUGACUUCAAACAGGUAGUGCAGUGGUUCGCGUACCGCGCUGACGUGAUCCUUGUCAUGUUUGACCCGGACAAACCUGGUACGACGUUUGAGACACUGGACGUGCUUACCAGUUGUCUGCAGGAUAUGAGUAGCAAAGUUUUACUGAUUCUCAAUAAGGUAGACGACUUUCAGACUGUACACGACUUUGCGCGCGCGUACGGAGCGUUGUGCUGGAAUUUGAGCAAAAUCAUUGGACGCAAGGAUCUGCCAUCAAUUUACACUAUGUAUGUCCCACGAGAUAAGCGAGAAAGUCUGCCAGUACAAGAAAGUGGACGGUUGCAACUCGAUUUGUCUAAAAUGCUGGAGCAUGAAUUUGAUGGGAUCCGUGGUGAAGUGAUUUGUGAAGUAGAGCGGGCGCCUGAUCGCGCUACAGAAAAUGUUUUGAAUCUGCUCAACGCAACGGGGUUGAGACUCAAAAUGCACAUGACUUUGGUUGAUUCUUGCAAGAAGGAGUACUUGGACCUACUCUUUUUCUGGAAACGCGCGCAAAUUGCGGUAAUUGUGUCAAGUGUAGGCUUUAUUGCACUAUAUUUGAUUCGCACGGUGAGAUUAGGGGUCCCCUCGGAAAACUUGUCGGGUAAAGCGAUGAUGCUGUCAGUAUCUCCAUCGUCUUCAUCUGUAUCUUCAGGUGCAACCUCCGUUGAGAACUGUGGUGCUGACCGUACAAGAUGGGAAAAUAAUUGGUCCAUGCAAGUUGCGCGAUCUAAGUCUUUGUUUAAAUUAAACACGUUCUUGAAGAUCCUAUUUUCGUCUUGCGCCUCAAACCUUGCGCUAUGGAAGGCGUCAGUUAUAAACUUGAAGCGUAAGCGUGAGAGCGUGCUGAAAUGGUUGCCGCAAACAUUCCGCCGGGUUUAUAGGCCUUUACUCUGCAAAUCUGACCGUUCACAUGACGACAUUAUGACGCAAUGGAAUUCUGUUCGGCCUGGUUUGGAGCUAGCUUUGUCAUCCACGCCACUCGAGGAAUUUCCUGCUAUAGAUGCGUUGCACAAGACAUUUUUAGAUGAUGUACUUCAUCUGCAUGUCCCUAGACUGGACCGCUGUGUUCGCGACCGUACGGGAUACGACCAUACCAACAUGCUCUUUAAGUACGAUAAUAUUGCGAUUGCAAAGCAAAGCAAACACCCACAAAAUAAUUGGCACUUUACUGCUCCACUUGGUCGUCAUUUGCGUCAAGCAACUUGUCGAUCUUCUCGAACUCCUUCUCAAGAGCUAACAAAUUUGCGCAAAUUGGGCGAAAGCUUCAGCGAAUUUACCCCACCGCGGUCGUCUCCGACAAGUAUCAGUGGAUCACGGGAACCGAAAGCCACGUCAAACACAUAA